AGUAAAAUUGACUGUUAGAGCGCUCAAAGCCCUAACUAACUCUGAAUCUUCCUCGAAGCAACCGCAAGUCUUUGUAGGUAGGGCGAUUGAUUGAUUCUUUCAUCUAUCUAUGGCGGACGUUGAGAAUCAACAAGACUCUUCGUUUCCAGUGAAGAGGAAAUCGGAUCUCUGUUGCCAAGACCAGGAUAAUGUGGCGAACAAGGCUCAGAAGCUUAAUCCUUCGUCGAGUUCUGCUGAUUCUGAGUCCAAAGACGGACAAGUUAAUGGAAGCGGCGUCGAGAAUCUGAGUUCUUCAACUGAUGAAAAACUAGUGACAGAGUCAUCGCUUGAGAAGGCAGCUGAAGAAAAUAAGCAAGAAGUGGAAGAGGAAGAUGAAGAGGAAGAGGAGGAGGAUUUGAUUGAAGCUGAGAUUGACAGGAAAGGUAAAGGCAUAGCGAGAGAGGACAAAGGAAAAGGAAAACUGAUCGAAUUUGAUGAAAGUGACGAUAGCGAUGAUGAUGAUAAUGAAGACGACGAAGAUGUUGAUGAGUACGACGAAAGCGAUUUGUCUGACGAUCCAUUGGCGGAGGUGGAUUUGGAUAACAUCCUUCCGUCAAGGACUAGGAGACGAUCGAUCCAGCCUGGAGUCUUCAUCUCCAAUGACCGUAUCGGAAACCACGAGGAUGAUGAUGAUGAUGAUAGCAGCGACGAUAGUGAUGCUUAAGGUUAGUGCUAAGAAAUCAAGAUGUAGUUCCUUUGAUUCUAAAAUAUGUUCAAUGAUUGUUGGUUAUAAUCUAAAUGUUUCCAACGCUUGGACCAAAAGUGAGCUAAUAUAUCUAUCAUGUUAUUGCAAUUUCAACUCA